AAAGUUUUUGCAUCAAAACAACAUCUCCGAACAAAAUUUAGAGGUGCCCCUCGCUUCUACAGUGUGAGGCUUAAACCUCGCCCCUUCAAGUGAGCUUAUUGUCGAAUUGAUUUAUUUCUGCAGGUAUUCCGGACCGUCCAAUCUCCAAUCACGCGCAUUUGGAGAUUACUCCUUGCACCUGAGAACGGAACUUACUCCCAGUGUUUUUGUAUGGGCAAUUACCCUUUCUGCGGAGGUUUCCAUGGUGAAAUCUAGGGUUUAAGAGCGGAUCACUUACGAAGCUUUCCGGUACUCAACCAUGGCGUCUCUGUUACUGAAAUCCUUUAACAAAUUCCGGCAGUUUGUAAAGGUUCUCUCUAAGAAUUCAAUGUUUGAAAAAGACCCUAGACAACUCCAGUUUGAAGCUGAUAUGAAUCGCUUGUUUCUAUAUACAAGCUAUAAUAUAUUGGGGAAGAAUGCAGAUGCGAAGGACGCUGAGGAGAUCAUUGAAAUUGCAAGCAAGGCAUCAGUUGGUGAUCAGCAAAAGCAAGUCCAAGAAAAUGUUCAUGCCCAAAUCAAAUCAUUUUGUGCAUCAAUGGAUGAAAUUCUUCUACCCGAGUUGAACAAUUUUACUAAUGUGAACGAUUCCACUGCAAAACAACGGCUGUCUCCUAGUCGUCCAAGUGGUCUCAGUUUUGCCCUAGGCAGAACAUCCCCACCUGCUAAAGUACCUGUUGUUCCGACAACCCUCUGGCUACAGAUACAGGAAGUCUCAGAACUCCUCAAGGAAAAGAUCGGUUACACUCUCGAACUAAAACCCUCAGAAAUUCACCACGAAGAAGCAGGAACUGGCGUUUUUAUUAAGGGUGAGGCAGAGGUUGGUUCAGUUGUGGCCUUUUACCCAGGCAUCAUAUAUUCCCCCGAUUUUUACCGUUAUAUCCCUGGAUACCCUCGAAUUGAUGCAAAUAAUCCAUACCUAAUCUCACGCUAUGAUGGUACAGUCAUUGAUGCCCAACCAUGGGGCCCAGGUGGCGAGGCUCGGGAAUUUUGGGAUGGUUUUGCCUCUGCCAGAAUUGGACAGAACGCACCAGAAUCCAGUGGAAAUUCUGACCGGUUUUGGAGGAUUCUAAGCAAGCCAUUGGAGUUUGGUGGCCAGAAAUUUGGUGAGGUUUUAGAGAAGCGAAAUCCACUAGCUAGAGGUCACUAUGUGAAUCACCCAGCUAAGGAUUUCGAGCCUAAUGUGAUGGUUUGCCCUUAUGAUUUUCCAUUUGGGGAAAAUGGUAUGAGAGUUUAUAUACCAAACUUGGUUUUUGGUGGCGAAGAGGGAGAGAAUAAGAGAAAUAUGAGGAGAUAUGGAUCUUUUUGGCUAAGGAUGGGGAAGGCAGAGGAUGCUGAGGCAGGGGUUUUAUUGUUUAAAACACUGGUUUUGGUGUCCACAAGGAGGAUUUCUGAUGGGGAAGAGGUGCUUUUGAAUUAUAGGUUGAGUAAUGCGAAAAGGAGGCCGGCUUGGUAUCAACCAGUUGAUGAAGAGGAGGACAAGAGGAGAUGGGGGUAGCAAAAGCUGCUAAAAUUUUCUUAUCCUUUCCUCCUGGGAGAUUAUCAGAACAGUGCCUAGACCUACAUAAUUAGGCCGUUGAUGGAAAAAAUGAGGUGGGAGAUUGGAGUUGUCAAGAAAGUUAGUUUAUGAUGGCAAUGGGCCUUGGGUUGUUGCAUUUCGGCAAUUUUCUGAUGGGUUUUAAGUGACUGUUGUAUUUUUAGUUAACAUGGUUGUGUUGGUGGGAGGCUCUAUUUGUAGUUGAUUUAUUUGUUUAGUGAUCUUAGAUUAUAGCGGUGAGAAUCAACCCUUAAAAGGGGAGAUGGGUGAGCAAUAAGAGAAACUGGUAUUUUCUUUUGCAGCUC